AUGUCCAUAAAGGAAAUAGUUAAGGCCUCUUUGGAUGACGCACCCCAGCGUGUGCUCCCAUCUCUUAACUAUGCUCAAGCCUCCCUAGUGUCGCCUCUUGCUCCAAGGUGUUGCCCACAUCUGCGGGGUCUGCAUCCAACACCCAACUUAGCGCUUACAAGGCAUUGCCCAGCAGCCUGGCGCUACCGUGCUCCUCUACAUCCUCUACCUGUCAGGGCCCGUCGCUUGUGCCAGCUAUCGUCUUUAGCCCGCCUAUGUUGGGUUCACCCAAUCCUAGCCCAAUGCCUGGCGCUGCUCAGCCCUCUAAGCACGGCGUCGCCUUCACCUUCGUCUUUAGUCAUGACGUCGUUGCCACUCUGCUCGUACUUGCCACGGGCGCUGCCUGGGUCCCUCACCUGUGCAAAAUCCCAUGCCUUCGGCCUCUUCGAUGUCAUCAAAUCCUCUUACCCGGGCAAUCCCUGUGCCUUUGCAAUUGGUUUGGUGCCGCCCAAGUCCUUGGAAGUUGGGAUGACGUCACCUAGAUCCUUGGAAGCAGGAAGGGCAUCGCCCAAGCCAAGGCCACGACUAUCCCUCGCCUUCUUGACAUCCAUGCGCAGUUGCGGAAUGAAGAAAGGAUAA